CCCAGACGAGAUAAGGCCACUGGUACUCAGGGGCGCACGGAUUCGCUCGCUCAGCCAUCGCUCAAGGAGGGGGGCGGGACCACCGAGGGAUUGAAUGGAAGGGAGGGGAGAAAGCAGCUGGAGAGGCGAAAAAACGGGUGCAAGGAGCGGACGAGGAUUUCCCGAGGCUUCACAGACAGAAUGAAGUGGCUCAGGGUCUUAUCUUUGCCCACCUACUUAACCAUGCAUUUACAACAAAUUCUUUCUUCUUGAAGAUCAAGUCAAUCCACAAUUGAAAGAAUCAAAAACCAGCCUUUGUGUGGAGAAGGAGAGAGAGAGCAUCACACAUUCAUUGGCUCCUCUUUGGUGGAAAUGCCUCACAAGUUGACGGGAGAAAAUGGCUUCACCUGCACCCAGAAGCUUAUUUUCUCUAACGUAUCCAACCCAAUGGAGAACAACCCUUCUUUUGAUACUUCCAGCCCCAAGGACUCUUGCAACACCCCUCUGAGCAAUGGCACUUUCUACUCCAAUGCAAACAGCCCUUCGGAUUCUUGUGUUAAACCCCUCUGUGAUGUGAUAUCAGAAAAUGACAACCACUUCAAUGCAGGCAUUAAAUAUGUCUCCUCAGAAGGAGAGGCUCUUGUGUGUGGGUGGGGUGGCUUCACUCCAAAUUGUUUACAGUUCUUCAAUAAACCCAAAGGAGUUUUGUUCUUCCUUUGUGUAGCUUCGUUCCUCCAAGGAAUGACAGUGAACGGUUUCAUCAAUACUGUCAUCACUUCGAUAGAAAGGCGAUUUGACCUGCAGAGCUACGAAAGCGGGCUGAUCGCCAGCUCCUAUGACAUUGCUGCCUGUGUGUGCUUGACGUUUGUCAGUUACUUUGGAGGCAAUGGGCAUAAACCGCGGUGGCUUGGGUGGGGCGUCUUGAUCAUGGGGAUUGGGUCCAUUGUCUUUGCACUGCCCCAGUUCACCACCAGCCAAUAUGAAGUACACUUCUCAGAGGACCUGGGCAUGUGCUCCUCCAAUCAGAGCGUGGGGUGCUCAGAGAGCGUCUCCAGCCUCUCAAAUUACCGCUUUGUCUUUAUGCUUGGACAGUUCCUUCAUGGAAUCGGAGCAACACCGCUUUAUACCCUGGGAGUGACCUAUUUGGAUGAAAAUGUCAAGUCCAACUAUUCCCCUGUAUAUAUUGCCAUUUUCUACACUGCUGCCAUAUUGGGUCCUGCAGCUGGUUAUCUGGUUGGAGGAGUCUUUCUAAAUAUUUACACUGAAAUUGGGAGACAAAUUGAUCUGACCCCAGACAAUACCCUAUGGGUUGGAGCUUGGUGGAUCGGAUUCUUGGGUGCUGGGGCUGGUUCCCUUUUGAUUGCAAUACCCAUCUUGGGCUAUCCACACCGCUUGCCAGGAUCCCAACGCUACAUUGUCAUGAGAGUUUCAGAAGCCCAUCAGCUGAAAGAGGACAGUCAAAAAACAGCUUCAGAUCCUGAUUUUGGAAAGACAGUUAAAGACCUUCCAAGGUCAGUAUUGCUGCUACUAAAGAAUCCAACCUUCAUCUUCCUCUGCUUAGCUGGAGCCACGGAAGCAACACUUAUUGCUGGCAUGUCAACCUUUGGUCCCAAAUUUCUUGAAUCCCAGUUUAGUUUAAGUGCCUCAGAAGCAGCAACUUUGUUUGGCUACCUUGUGGUUCCAGCAGGAGGAGGAGGCACCUUCCUUGGAGGGUUCAUUGUGAACAAAUUCAAGCUGCGUUGUUCAGGAAUCAUCAAGUUUUGUUUAUUUUGCACCCUGUCAAGUCUGCUGGCAAUUUUCAUCUUUUUUAUUGAUUGUCCUAACAUGCCCAUGGCUGGAGUAACCCAAAUGUAUGACGGAAGUGACUUACUACAGGGGCACCUCAACCUGUCUUCCCCUUGCAAUGCGGAGUGUGACUGCCUUCGAGAGAUGUACAGCCCUGUAUGUGGUAAUGACGACAUUAUGUACUACUCACCCUGCCAUGCUGGCUGCAAGCAAGUCUCAACCAGUCAUGAGAAUGGGAAAAAGGUUUACCAUGAGUGCAGCUGCAUUCCGGGUCCUGCUCCCCUUUCACCUGGCUUGGCUACAGCAGGAAAGUGUUCAUCUUCAUGUGAAAAGAGGACCAUUCUUCUCAUUUUCAUCUUUGUUGUCAUUCUCUUCACAUUCCUAAGCAGUAUUCCUGCUCUUACAGCUACACUAAGGUGUGUUCCUGACAGGCAGCGGUCGUUUGCUCUGGGAAUCCAAUGGAUUGUAGUGAGGACUCUAGGUGGCAUUCCAGGACCAAUUGCCUUUGGGUCAAUGAUUGACAAAUCAUGUCUUCUCUGGCAGAACCAAUGCGGUGAACAAGGGUCUUGCUUUGUGUACCAGAAUUUUGCCAUGAGUCGAUACACCCUUACUGCUGGCCUUAUAUACAAGGUGAUGGGAUCGUUGUUCUUUCUGCUCGCCUGCCUGCUCUACAAACCUCCUCCACCGGAAUCCAUCCCAGGCAGUUCCAACACAUCUGAAAACGGCAACUGUGACCUCCAGAAGAACAAAUGUCCUCAUCAAUCUCAAGACAAUGUAUAGCACUUUGGAUAUGACAAGUGACUUUCAAUCAAGAUACUAUGUCAAAAGAAUAUGUAUUAGUCUUUUCCUGUUAAUGAUUGAUAUUAUUUUAUUUUUUGUUCAUACACAUAGACUUUUCAGGGUGAACAAUUCAAUGCAGUUCUGGUAUAAUUUAGUAUUUUUCUGUGGAGAAAAAGCACACCACAAAACAAGUGCACUGGCCUUUCCACCUUGAAAUGUAGUUGUUGCCAAGAGCUCUGAGGCCUUUCCCCAUGGAGAGACAUGGGCUUGGGAGGAUCUCAGAGAAAGACUUUUGCCACCAUCUUGAUGGCUUUUUAGAAUGAACUACCACCAAAACAGUGGUGUCUAUAGGGCAGGGGACUGUGUUGCUCCUGCUUGGCCCAAUGAGGGAUAUAUUUUAGACACUGCGUUUCUGUGUGACCGCAGAAUAUCACAAAAGUUUGUAGCAUCACAGUGUUAAUUUAUUUAAAGAAGGGCUAAACAUAGCUUCAGACCAUUCCUGUACAAAGCACUUAAGAUGAAAACACCUGUUGUGGGCCAUGUAUUCAAGCUGAUGCCAACUUCUUAUAAUGUAUGUGAGAUUUGUCUGGCCCAUUGCUGUUCCUAGCCAGAAAUUUCCAAGGCCUUUCUCGGGUCUUGCUUCUUUCCCUUCCUGUUCAUCUUUCCUUGGCUGUAAGGUUCUUGAUGGACUCACAUAUGUUAACCAGUCAUUACAGGUAAAGUACCACAAAUCAGUUUUCUACAGCACUUCAAGCACCAUAAUUUCCAAAGGAAGCCAUUCAUAAUUCAGCUACAACUCACUGAACUAUAACUAAAGUGAUGACCGUGCAUGUGUGAAUCAACUACUUUUGACCUGCAGCAGGCCUCUUGAUAGCACAAUUCUCAUCUUUUUUGUCUCCUGUAUUGAGUUUUCUUCCCUUAGUGUUCAUUCAGACAGCAGCUUCCCACACACUAUAACACUUACUUAGAAGAAGAAAAAAGCAUUCCAUGAAAAUCAAAUUCUUCUGAACAUCUCCUGGUCUUCUAAUGGUUGCCUAAUGCUGAUAGGCUCUUUUGGCGACUGCUUGGGUAAUUAGAUAUGGUAUCCUAUUUCAAUGGGAAUCAUUUUACUGUGGUGCAUAUAUACCCAUAUAUAAGUCAAUGUAUAAGUCAAGGGCAAGUUUAGGGCCAACAGUGUGGAUUUUGAUGUGACCUGUUGAUAAAUUGAGGGUCAUUCCACACAGAGGAAAAAGCACCAAUGCUGUCUUAGGGGACCAGCUACCAUUUUCGCACCCAUACAUUGAAAAAUGCCUUUUGGCACUCUACUCAGAGAAGGGUUUUUUAAUAUAUAUAUUGGCCUGUGGAUAGAUUGAUCCAUGUUUUUGGGGUCAAAUUUUGACUAAUUUUUUAAACUUAUACAUGAGUUAAAAUUGUACCUUUUGUUAUAAGUGAUAAAAGCUGGUGCCAUAGUAUGUGUGUAGUGGACUUCAGAAUCUGAACUUUUUCCAGGUUCAGAUUGUAUGGCUGUUGUUGGGGCAAGAAGAAGACAUCGCUUCCUGGAAAAUGUCUUCCAUUGUAUUGGUAUAUCUUUGUAUACUUUUAGGCUACAAGCAGGGGAGAAGGGUGCAUUACCCCCAGAAGACCUUUUGAAGAUUGCACUACUCAAUAGACCUCAAAAUACCCUAUAUAUUUUUUUCCUUCAAAUCCUCCCACUUCCAGACACUCAAGGGCAGUUAGGUCCAACCUUUGGUCCUGCAGGUGUUCUUGACUUCAGCUCCCAGAAUUCCUGAACAUUGGACAAGCUGGCUAGGGCUUAUGGGAGUUAGUGUCCCAAACACUUGGAAUAUCCAAAUUGGACACCACUGCUCUAGGGACCUUUAUGGGCAUUUAUGAUAUGUUUUUAGGCCCAGGGCGGACCUUAUUUUAAAAACAAGAAGUGCACAAAGUUCACUUCUGCUUUAUUUAUGAAUUUUUUUUUACAAAAAUAAAUUAAGUCCCUGGGAUGAGGCAGCUGGUCUGGGAGCUGUCCUUUUAAUUUUCUGAAAAAGCACUAAGCUAAUAUUGGUGUGAGGCAUGGAAAAAAAUUAAAUGUCCAGUUCCAAGACUCUAGUGCCCAGUGUAGAUGGGAGAGCAUUGCUGUUGUCAUCAUGUAAUUCCACAAGGAUAAUCAAUUUAUUUGGGAGGGACGACGACAAGCCCUGGAUGUAGCUAUGUUCAUAACACCAAAUUAUCAGUAGCAAAAGCCAGCUAUGGAAUUUCAGGUGAAAAAGCAGAACAGAAAUGCAAGUAUACUUGUGUAAUACCUUUCAAAGGAAGCCUGAGAAAAGACACAACCUCACAAAAAUGGCUUGCCCUGUGUGGGAAAAGCUUUAAAGAGGAACAUGAUGGGAACUGUUUAUUAUAAGACCACAACCACAAUGACUUUUAAAAAAAUAAUAAUAAUAAUAUUGAAAAUAGAACAAACCAAAUUCAAGAUAUACUCAAUAGCUGGAGAGGAAACCAGAGAUUCUGACUUCAUCCAACACCUAUACCACAAAAUUGCCAAAAAGAUAACACUGUAUGUGAAUACAUGUGUGGAAAGGGUUUUCUUUCGUAACCCCCCCCCCCCUCCUUAUACUUUAAAUGGGAUUGUUUGCUUGCUCUGACUAAAUUGACCCAAUCAGCAGAAUCAGGUAGGGAUUUUUUUAUUGGAUUAUAUUUCUUCAGUUUGCAAUGGUUAUAGCUAUAAUUGAAUAUUCCUGCUUCUCACUGAAAACCCGGAUGGCACAACAAUGGGUAGAUCAGGCUGUUCCCUUAAAAUGCUAUUUGAUGGGUUUUUGGAGAUGGUGAAAAUAAGAUUUUUGCUGGAAUAUGGGAAGGGAACUGUGGUAGGGGAUGUGUUUUGCAUGCAAAUGGUCCCCAGUUAGAAAAUCUAGAUAGCAGGACAUGAGAUAAACUUUGCCUGGUCUCCUAAAAACCUGCUGCAAAACAGAACAGACUGAAGAGCUGCAUCCCAUGAUUUAUGUGUCUGUGGGUUCUCAAAAGAAAAUCCCAGUGGUGUAGAAGUCCCAAUGACCUAUUAAUCUUCUGUUCUUUAAAUAUAGAGAGUUUUCUCCAGAUAAUUUGAAGCAUAAUCAGCCUCCUCUAGUCAGGUUAACAAUCUGAAUGGCAAAGCAGAUAGAUACCCAGUGUUUCCAUCAUACAAUAUGCAAAAGUGAUACAGGAAAGCACCUCCUAAGUUUUCUUUCCAUUGUUGGGCACAUACAACAAUCUUUGUCUUUCCUCUAUUUGGGUUAGGUGUUUUGUUUAUGCAACACAAAACUGGGAUAGGUUCAUAUUACUCUGCAGUGGAAGAAAUGUGAGAAAAAGUGUCACGUUCGUGGGAGACUCCAACACAAUGUGAAGCUUGAACGUCUUCCCCUUGGCCACAUUUGCCACCAAACUAUUUUUAGUUUGCCGUUUCAGGUUUCCAGUUCCCUUUCCCAGAAUGUAAACCAAACCAAACCUGCAGCUACGGUGUGCAUUUGUCCUGUUUUCCCCCCUCUGAUGUACUGUAAAAAUGGACUUUUUGAUUGUGAAAUGUCAUGCUGUCAUCUAUGCUAAUUUUUUGAUAUGGGAAACAUGUAAAAGAAUCUGGAUCUAUGCAAUGUUUUGCUUGCUCUCCUUGUAAAGAAACUGUUUUUAGAUAUAUGCAAAAACCAGAAAGAUUGUAA